UCUACGUCAUGAUUACUGAAGAUGAUGAUGAUGAUAUUAGAGCGUACCCAACCACCAGAACAACAACAACAACGACUAGAAACGUGUUUUUGCUUUUCCAAUCAAGUUUCAAAUGGAUUUCGCAAGAAAACAGCUGUCUAAACAUGGAUGGACUGAUGGUCAAGGCCUGGGAAAGGAGGAAGAAGGUAUCAAGGAAGCAAUAAAAGUAAAGAUCAAGCAGGACAAGAAAGGUGUUGGGCAUGACCCGGGAGAGGAGUUCUCAUUUCACUGGUGGGAUCAUGUCUUCAACAAAGCUGCUAGUAAAAUACAGGUUAACACAACAGAGGAUGGUGUUGAAGUAAAGAACAGUGGUGAUACUAAAGUUUCAAAGAAGAAAGAUUGUAAAACAUAUGACAAUAAGGCUAUGUUGUAUGGACAGUUUGUUAAGGGCUCUACAUUAUCAAAUGGAUUGGAAACAAGGGAGAAAACUCUAGAGGACAGUAGUGAUGAAGAGCCAGGGGAGGCAACUCAGUGUCUUAUGCCUGACCAGGAAGAAAUUGUGUUUAAGAUGUGUGGUGGCAGAACCGCACAUAAGGGGGCAAGACAUGGACUUAAGUUAAAUGGUAAACUGCUGAGGAUUCAGGAGCAAGAGAAACUCCUAUUGGAUAGUUACAAUUCAAAAUCAUCCAGUCAGAAAGACCAACAUAAAUCACAUAAUCAUUUCAAUGAACUGGAAGUGGAAAGCACCCAAGGUCAUGAAAGUGGAGAUAGAAAAGGAUAUGUGGAGAAAAGCAAGAAAAAGAAAAGGAAGCACAGGGAUGAGGAAAUAACUGAGGAGAUGACAGAAGAAAUAAAUAAUGACACUAAAGAAAUAUUAGAAUUAGAAAGCCAGUCUGUGGAAAAUUUAGGAAGUGUUAAUAAGCCAAAGAAAAGGAAAAAGAGUAAGAAAAGUAGAAAGAAUAGCCAAUGUGAUAAUGUUGAGGCACACGGCGAAGGUAAAGAUGGUUGUAAUAACAGUACAGCUCAGUUAGGUGCAGUUGAUACUAAAAACAGUGGAGAAAUAGAUAGUGCAUUGACAGAAAAUAGCGAAGUUGGUAGGAAGAUAAAAAAGAAGAAGAAGAAGCAGAAAGGAGAUUGAUCAGUGUAUUAAUUACAGAAAUAAUUCAGACAUUUUGGGGACAGCCAAAUGUAAUUGCUAUUAUUAAAGAAAACCUUCAUGGUAAGCUUAGAAGAUAAGCGUUGUUAUGUUUGAUCAUUGGGCAUGUCAAAUGAUUUCUGUGUCAGUAUGACUCUAGACAAUGUCUUGGAAGUCAUGCUACCGCUAUCUGUCAUUAACUUGUGGAGAACAAAUUAAUACAAAUGUAUUUAUAAAAAAUCCACUAAUAGUAAUACUAUUUUGGUUAAGCAGCAACAGUUACAUAAUUAAGUCUUCAGUUAAAGGCACUGACCUCCAGAUUUUGCUAAAAAAUAAUCUUUCUUUCAAAUUGAAGUUUGGUCAUAUUAUGAACAUUAGAAUAUGAAUUUUUGUUCUAAAAUAUUUUAAAAAUUCCAAAUCAAGAAAAAAAAUGAUGACCACGUCGGGAAUUGAACCCCGGACUGCCGCGGCAAUAAAGACAUUUUCCUGUCGUAACCAAUAGCGCUAUAGCUGAAGUAGUGAAUAAUGACUUCAAAAUAUACAGAUAUAUAUAUUUAUAAUCGAGACAGUUUACCUGGAGUAAAAAUGUGACAAAUGCUAUUCGAUUUUCAUCGUAAAAACUAGUAAACACAGCAAAUUCUCAUAUGUUUCCGUAACAUAAAGUUUGUCAGUAAUUAAGUUUUAAAGCCUUCUUAAAAAAUAUGGCAUUUAUUUCAAGAUAUCUGUAAAAUUAUUUUUUGUUGUUGUCAGACGAUCUGGAGGCCAGUCACUUUAAUGUCAGCAGAUGGAAUAGCAAAUGUACUAGUGUCCUGUAAUCACACUAGCGUCUGGUAAACAUAGUAAAAUUCACACAUUCCAUGUAACAACAUGAAAUGUUUUCAACUGAAAUAGGCUAAAUUGUGACAAUAGAUGUUUAAGUUUUUAAAGAGAUAUUUUUUGUAAAGUUCAGCAUGAAAUCCGUGAAUUAUAUUUAUUCAUUUGUAAAGCAUGAUUAGACCUCUUUCAAUCUGACAUGUUUGUUUAGUUCUUUCAUGAAUAAUUUAACAAAAUUAAAGAAUAAAGAUUAAAUAUCCUUUAGAACUCAA